AUGGGCUAUGAAGGAGUGUUCCCUCCAACAUUAAAGAAACGGUUGCCUCCGUAUUGGCGUUUUCUUGCUCACUCCUUUGUGAUUUGCAUCUCUGGAAGGAAAACAAGUGCUAAUGAAAUUUCCCUUCUGAACAGUGGCACCAACGCUCCUUUAAUCAUGCAUCUUGAAUUCAAAUUUUCAAAAUUUGUGUUGAAUGAAAUGAAGAGCCAUUUACAAGGGAAAAGGAAGGACAAUUUUUUAAUGUAUCCAAGGUUUCUUAAGAUGAUCUUUGACAGUCAAUAUCCAGAUUUAGAAAGGAGAGGUGAAACCUUGGAUUUGAAGUCUCUAGGUGCAAACAAAUUUGGUCUAAUGAAGCAAAACCGCAAAGGUACAAAAUUGGUGUUUCAAGGAAAGCAUCCGUUGGAGAAGUUUGGUCAGUUUGCUGAGAUUAAUGAAGCCUCUGAAUCAGAAAGUACCUCAAAUGAUGAAGAUGAUGAUGUCACUGUUUCUAAUCAUGAAGAAGAUGGUGUUCCUUUUGUCAUAAUUUUUGCAGAGGAACAUGUGACCAUGACUAAUGUAGAUGACAAUGAUGAUGAUGAUAAUGAUGAAGGUGAUGAUGAGAUGGGUCAAGAGGAUAAUGUCUUAGAUUCUGAUGAUGAUAAGGAUGAUGAUGGAGCUGAAGUGGUUCAGGGUGAUGAUUUAUCAGGUUUUCAUAAUAAUGAUUUUAUGCUUUGA